AAAUUGUCUGAUGUUGCUGAGACUGGGAGCAGCUGCUACGCAUGCACGCAAGUGCGGCAAAAUUGAGCGGCCGCUCUGAGGACUGAGGAGUUUCAUCGAUCGCGAGAUACCGGCGGUGGAGUAUUCUCGCCGCCACGAUUCUCUAUUCCACUUUCUCUGUAUCUCUAUAACGAUCAUUCUGUCGCCACAUUUGUCUGAUUAAUUCUCACAGUCAGAUUUUUUUUAAAGAUUAUUGGGGAUCCAACUGCUAUAGCCACCUGCUUCGUUUUGUCGUAUUUUGAUAGCGAGUCAUGGGAGGGGAACGCCAUGGUUGGAAAAAAAAUCCCGCUGCCCUGGUUACCUCAUCAUCCUAUUUGGUCUGCGGUUCAAUGGCGGGUUGUGAAGCCACCACCGCUUUGUUGCCUCGGAGCGGCGUACAAGGGAAGGAUGAGAGCUGGGGGAUGGUGAUUCCUACAGAGGUUAGGGAGGAGGAGCCUGGAGGCGUUGAGAAGCUAAGAAUCCUGGUCUCUGAGGUCACUGUACACCAGAUUAGUACCGAUCCUUGGUAUCAAGUGGGGUUUGUCCUCACAACAGGAAUCAACAGCUCAUAUGUAUUGGGAUAUUCACAAUCAAUUAUGGUUCCUUUGGGUUGGAUAUUUGGUUCUACUGGUUUAUUUUUAGCAGCUGCAAUUUCCUUAUAUGCUAACUCUCUGGUCGCUCGUCUUCAUGAAGUUGGAGGUAGGAGGCAAAUUCGAUACAGAGAUCUUGCUGGUCAUGUAUAUGGUAGGAAAAUGUAUGGCCUUACAUGGGCACUCCAAUACGUCAAUCUAUUUAUGGUCAAUGCUGGUUAUAUUAUCCUGGCUGGGCAGGCACUCAAGGCUCUCUAUGUUCUAUACAGGGAUGAUGGUGUUUUGAAGCUUCCUUACUGUAUAGGAAUUGCAGGAAUUGUUUGUGCUCUUUUUGCUUUUGGAAUACCUCAUCUAUCAGCUUUAAGGAUAUGGCUGGGAUUCUCCACAUUGUUUAGUCUUGUAUAUAUUGUGGUAGCAUUCGUGCUCUCACUUAGGAACGGAUUGAACAGUCCAGCUAGGGACUAUAGCAUUCCUCAAUUACAUAACAGAAUUUUCAGUACCAUUGGUGCCACUGCAAAUCUGGUUUUUGCUUAUAAUACCGGGAUGCUUCCAGAAAUACAGGCUACCAUAAAAGAACCAGCUAUCAAAAAUAUGGAGAAAGCACUGUGGUUCCAGUUCACAAUUGGUGGUUUGCCGCUAUAUGCUGUUACUUUUAUGGGUUAUUGGGCUUAUGGUUCUUCAACCUCGACCUAUCUCCUCAGCAGUGUUCAAGGACCAGUUUGGGUUAAGACAAUCGCCAAUAUUGCAUCCUUUCUCCAGACAGUCAUUGCGUUGCAUAUUUUUGCAAGCCCUAUGUAUGAGUGUUUGGACACGAGGUUUGGCAGAGAAGGUAAUAAUCCCUUCUCCUUACAAAAUGUGUUAUUUAGGAUUCUUGUCAGAGGGGGUUAUUUAACAAUAAACACCAUGGUUUCUGCUCUCCUUCCAUUCCUUGGAGACUUCAUGAGCCUAACUGGAGCCUUGAGCACACUCCCUCUCACAUUUGUUCUUGCAAAUCACAUGUAUCUCAAGGUUAAGAAGAAGCAGCUUUCAGCUUCUAAAAAGACCUGGCACUGGCUGAAUGUUGUGGCCUUCAGUUGCUUGGCUGUAAUAGCUGCGAUUGCUGCCCUGCGGCUCAUCGUAUCUGAUUCCAAGAGGUACCAUCUUUUUGCUGAUCUUUGAAACCUUUAGGUUUCAUUUGGGAUGGCUUUCUUACUAUUUAAAGCAAUUUUU